AUGGCGAAGGGCAGCAGCCAUGUUUUCCAACAAUCAAGUAUAAUGUGCGUAUUUGGAUUACUCUGUGCUCUCUUUUGGUUUUGCUUCUUAUACUCCCCUUUCGGUGUUUUCCAAGGUAGAACUUUCUGGAGCAGCAGUCUUCAAAUCAGUCCCACCUCAAACCAAUCUAGGAUUCAAGAAUCUAUACCUAUACCUGUUGUUAGUCACGAACCAGAGAAUGUCGAAUCCGAAUCGGCUGUUUCUCCAUCCAAAACCCCAAAGGUUUUCCCUUUUAUGAAAGCAUUAAGAAGCAUAGACAAUAAGAGUGAUCCAUGUAGUGAAAGGUAUGUUUAUGUUCAUGAUCUUCCUUCCAGAUUCAAUGAAGAUAUGGUGAAGGAAUGUGGUAGCAUUAACAGAUGCUUCGAUAUGUGUAAGUUCACUAAAAAUUCUGGGGUUGGACCACCAUUAGAGAAUACUGAAUUAGGUGUGUUUUCCGAUAAUGGAUGGUACGCCACCAAUCAGUUCACCCUCGACGUCAUCUUCAGAAACCGAAUGAAACAAUACGAAUGCUUGACCAACGAUUCGUCAAUGGCAGCCGCCAUUUUACGCAGGAAUAGAGAUGAAUGGAAAGUGAUGAACGGAAAAGAUCAUUUUCUCGUCGGAGGAAGAAUCACUUGGGAUUUCAGGAGAUUAAGCAACAAAGACACCGAUUGGGGAAACAAAUUCUUAUUCUUACCAGCUUCCAAGAACAUGUCAGCUCUUCUCAUAGAAUCAAGUCCAUUUAAUUCAAACGAUUUCGCCAUUCCAUACCCUACUUACUUCCAUCCAUCAAAAGAUUCCGAUGUUUUCACUUGGCAAAACCGGAUGAUGAAACUUGACCGGAAAUGGCUGUUCUGUUUCGCUGGAGCUCUACGUCCCGGUAACCCGAAAUCAAUUCGAAGUCUUUUAAUCGAUCAAUGCAAGAAUUCAAACUCGGGGAAGCUUUUAGAAUGUGGAAAUGAUGAAAGCAAGUGUCAUUCCCCAAGUAAUAUAAUGAAAAUGUUUCAACGUUCAGUUUUCUGCUUACAACCACCUGGCGAUUCAUAUACUCGAAGAUCAGCUUUCGAUUCGAUUUUGGCGGGUUGUAUCCCGGUUUUCUUUCAUCCCGCUUCGUUUUACACGCAGUACACGUGGCAUCUCCCGAAGAAGUACACAAAAUAUUCCAUUUUUAUCCCGGAAGGCGAUAUUCGCCGGAAUAUCAGCAUCGAACAGCGGUUAGGUCAAAUCGAUUCCAAAACUGUAAAGAUGAUGAGGAAGGAGGUGGUGAAUUUGAUUCCGAGGUUGAUAUAUGCCGAUCCUCGUUCCAGAUUGGAGAGUUUAAAAGACGCAUUUGAUCUAUCUGUGGAAGCGGUUAUCAACAAGGUGACGAAAUUGAGAAGGGAUUUGGUUGCUGGGCGGAGGAAUAAUGGUGGUUUUAUUGAAGAACUUAGUUGGAAAUAUGCGUUGUUAGAAGAAGAAGAUGAGGAGACUGUGGGUGUUCAUGAAUGGGAUCCCUUUUUCUCUAAACCAAAACACCAAACUUGA